UUUUUUUUUUCUUUUUUUCCUGUGGCAGCCUAUACUAUGGGUGUAGUUUUCUUGGCUCAGUUGCGUUUAUAUGGUGUUUUAUACCAACAUGUCCUGCUUUCCCCUCUGACAACAAUGGAGUAAAACCUCUGGAAGUGAGUUAAAGAGAAGGCCAUGCGCUGGGUAGUCUGUAAUAAGAGUUUUGUAUAGCUGCUGAAGGAAUACCAACCCGCUAUAUGUAUAAUCUAAUGGCAUUCAAGCGCUGAUGUAAUCAGAUUUACACUAAACUACUUUCUAUGUCAAAGGGAAAUGAGGGUGUGGUUGGAAGACAGAGAUUAGGGCUGACGUAUCCAUUUAACAGCGAUCCUGGGGAUUUUUACCUUGGUGUCCACUCCUGCAAAAGCAGACACCACCGUCCUAGAUCCAGCUCAUCAUCAUCACACUCAUGAAAGCAAAUAAUUACUUGGACAGCAAACUUCCUAUUUUUCUGCAGGGUGGUAUUAUCAUACUGCAGCAAACUUAGCUGGGAAUUUGUUUGAAGUGACUUUGGGAUCGUGCUUGCCAGUGCUGUGCAAGAAGGACAAAACAAUGCUUCAGCCUUCCACAGGAGUUAGGCACUCCACACCAUCCCUCCUUCUGCAGUGGCUCCUUAGGACUCCAGUUGCAGGAGGCAUAAGGUUCUUGGCAGCCAGCAGCCACCUGGCUUGGUUACACCAGGCAAGUUUAAGAGAUUGCGAAGCCCCAGCGCGUUUGCAGAUGAAAUCAGGCCCGGGCUGAUAAGCUGCUCCCUUAACACUACCCGCUCUGGAGGAGAGCCCUUCCUGCUUUCUAUCUUCACGGGGUGCUCCAGAAAGCAGCAGGAAAAGGCUCUGACUUAGAUUUCUUUUCCUAAGUCUUUGGCGCCCCUGUGUGUCUCCUUUUAGGGAAAUCCAAUGGCAGAACAACCUUAGACUUCUCCUUCUUUAACAUAGCACCAGAAACACCACGCUUGAAUGUGGGAGAGCUCUGCAAGGACAGCCUGAACGAUGCUACCCACCAGCCUGACCCUAAGAUGAGCGCCCCUUCCUGAAGUCGUGACAUUUAUCAAUCAUCUUGUCUACAUCUCUGUAUCUCCCAGUGCACAUGAGGUGCAGAUUGGAAAGAGCCUUAAAGAAAAUACUGCAAUGUUUACAUUGAUCUGUUCUGGGCUUCGGAACAUAUCUAUCACCCACCUGCUCUUCGUGGCUUGGCCAUGCUGCCACUUCUUUUUGCCCAGAGGCAAAUCCUCCGAAUCAGCUGAGUUGCAAAAGACCAAAGCCCAACUCAAGAAGCCAAUGACAGUCAUUUUCCACUACUAAUUGGAGAAAAGAAACCCCAAACAACUGCUCUGGUUUAACUGGUUGUAUAAGAACAGCCAAAAAGACUGUUUUCUUUUAGCAAAAAUUGAGUAGAGAGGACAGCUCAGGGGUCACUUUAUCAGCUGUGCUAUAGCUGCUGGCCCCGUGUGGUGAAGCAUGUCCUACAGAACAGAAGGUGCUGAAUGCUGAGGACAGACUACCUGGGGAUGGUAUGGUGGCCUGCAACAGUUUUGCCCCAAAGAGCUGAUACACAAUUCCAGCAUCUAUGCAACCCGAACCAGGGUGGAAUAUGUGAUACUUAUGAUCAGGCAGUCGAAAGGAAGAGGACUACUCUCCUAGUGUCCCCGCAGAAGCGGUCAGAUCCCAGCAGAAAAUGAGAAAUUGCCAAGGCUUCAGCCAUAUCUCCCCAACUGGCUAUGCAGUUUUCCAGUUGAUGUGGCAACAGCAGGACUGCCUGAAGAAAGAGAGAGCAAGAAUCCACCUUUGCAGGAGAAAGAGUGGUCCAGGACUAUUCUGAGCUUUGCAAAAUUGUAAUGCUAAUGCUCAGGUGGGGCAUGUAAGGCGCAUAUUAAAGAAGAUUGCUGCUAAACAGGUCUGCUCCAAGAGGAGAGUUUUGGAGAGACCGUACACAUUGCACAACAUCUGAGAGCAGUGCAGCCUUCAUUCUGUUUGAACAGAGAACACCGGAGACUGUUCGGGGCCAGAAUGGUGGGAAAGUGCAUCUUCUGGGAGGGGCCUGCCAGUGCCGGAGGUGACCUGUCUGCGUGAGUUGAAAGGGUGCUGUGGAGGAGCUUUCAUCUGCAAGUUGUUUGCUACUUAUGCUGCUUCCACAUCAACAAUGAUUACAAAACUAUACUAAAAGAAAGGACAGCAGCUGCAUACUAGGCACCAGAUGAACACAUGCGUUCUGGAGAAGGAAGCAAGCUCAGCUAGCAAAACAAGCUGCUUGUGGUGUUUUAUCUGACCUCUUUGCAAUACUCCAAGUAAGACUCUUUUUCUGAGCAGCAAUGAAUGCACUCAGAUCUUGCUUCUUCGCUGCUCUGAUUCUCAGUGUUUCACUUUCAUUCAUUUUCUACGCCACUAAUUUGUUUGCACAAAAAUCUCUUAUGAGGCUGAACUUCUCAGAGACUUCAACUUUAGCAAAAGCCUGUAAAGCUCUUAUUGAAGAUAAGGUUUCCUUUGUGAAGGAAAACGCUUUAAAAAUAUCCUUCAGAGAAUCUAGUUGCAGGGACUACAUCACACUGAACCACUACAUCACCCGUGCUCUCUCGGCUGAAGAAGCUGCCUUCCCUGUCGCCUAUGUCAUGACCCUGCACAAGGAGUUUGAAACCUUUGAGCGGCUCUUCAGGGCAGUGUACAUGCCCCAAAACAUCUAUUGCAUCCACAUAGAUGCCAAAGCACCGGCCCCUUUCCAGCAGGCGGUGCAGCGCCUGGUAGGCUGCUUCCCCAAUGCCUUCCUUGCCUCCCGGAUGGAGCGGGUGGUCUAUGGUGGUGCCUCCCGCCUGAGGGCUGACCUUCACUGCAUGAGAGACCUGCUGGCCUCAGCCGCACCCUGGCACUACCUGCUCAACACCUGUGGCCAGGACUUCCCCUUGAAGACCAACUGGGAGAUUGUCCGGUGGCUGAAGAGCCUCAGGGGGAAGAAUGUCACCCCAGGGGUGCUGCCACCCCCCUAUGUCACUGCACGCACCAAAUAUGUGCACAGGGAGCAAAUAUACUCUUUAUUUUCUUUCAUGCUGUGGACAUUUGUGCACAAGGCACCCCCACCGCACAACAUGACCAUCUACUUUGGCUCUGCAUAUGUGGCCCUCACCCGGCCCUUCGUGGAGUUCGUACUGCAGGACCAGCGUGCCAAUGAUCUGCUGGCCUGGUCUGAGGACACCUACAGCCCUGAUGAACACUUCUGGGUGACGCUCAACAGGAUCCCAGGUGUCCCAGGCUCCAUGCCCAACGCAUCAUGGGAAGGUGACCUGAAAGCAGUGAAAUGGAUUGAUAUGGAAGAUAACCAUGGAGGUUGUCAUGGCCAUUACGUCAGAGGCAUUUGUGUUUAUGGAACAGGUGACCUCAAGUGGCUUUUUAACUCCACCUGUAUGUUUGCAAAUAAGUUUGAGCUCAGAACAUACCCGCUGACUGUGGAGUGCCUGGAGCUGAGACAUCGUCAGAGAACCUUAUCCCAGAGUAAGGUUCAGGUGGAACCCAACUGGUAUUUUUAGCAAGUAAAACCUCAUACUAUAAUGUCAAUAAAAGCAGUCAAGAGAAUAGCAGCAACAACAGUCUUAAUUCUGCUGUGCCAGAAGCAUAAACUCAUGAGAUCAGUUUCUUUAUGAUGUUCUGCAGAUGCAGCCCAGGUCAGCUUGUUUCACACUGUCUGCAAACCUCACCUUCACUGGUGUUGAGUGGAGGCCAAAGUGAAGGCCGAAGCACUAGCGAUCCCAGAAGAGACACCAGGUCAAAACUCCUAUUGCAGCUGGAGGACUUCUGUACUUUUGCCUUUUUCAGCAGGCUGCUUUCCAGCCCCAACUUUUGUCUUGCUACACUGUCAUGGCUAUGUUUUCUGUAAAAAUACAUAGAGAGUCAUGCACUCCUAGCAUUUCUUGUGUCUAAAAGACAAGUGUGCACACUGGUGAGCAAAAAGGUAGUGAUUCAUAGUCAGCAGUAUCUUAAAAGCAUGAAUACAACUGGUAGCUGUACAUAGAGAUACCAUUUUGUUAAAGACACUGGUAUUUACUGCACAGAACCAAUGGGAAAGUACUGGAAAUGGAAGGACGCAGCACUUCCCAGAUCUUACCUGUUCUUUAAGUAUCUGUUGGGACAAGGUUUGUAAGAGAAAACAGCAUCUUUUAGUUGAUCAGUGGAUGUGGUUAGAAAAAUCAAGUAGGCUUUCAGAUACAGGAGCCCUUCUUCAUGUCUGAAAAAUGGUGGCUUGCAUAUUUGUCUGACUCAGUAAACUAACAGAACAGAAAAAAAACAAAAUUAAAAAGCCCUCUCUACGCAUGGGUUUUGGCCCAUCACUGUCCUUUAGAUCAUCAUGUGUAAGGACACAGAGGGAGAGAUGGAAAACAGCUAAGGAAGUAGCAAGAUAAGUUUUUUUCAGGACUGAAAGAGUUUUGGCAGUGAGUCAGUAAUUCUGUGACAUACUUUGAUAUGGCAUGAGCCGUCUUCCCAAGUUUACUUCCUUUCACCCUAAUAUAAUGGCAAAUACACAUAAUCUUGGUGUUCACUUCUCUGCAGCCCUACUUUUAUUCCCCAGUAACAGCCACUAGAGGGAGACCAUCAAAUGUUUGAGCAGCUUUUCCCUUCCCAGGCUACGUAACUCUCUCAACAGACUAGGCAUGCCACAGAGCAAAAAGUGAGUGCUUGGGAAUCUUUUAGUAUGAGAAAAAGAAGGUAAAAGUUAUGAGUAUGGGUCAUUGUGUCCUAAAAAAACAAACAAGGAAGUGAAGCUGUGAAUGCUUCUUGCUGUAGCUAUGAUGGUUGUAUUUACAAGGCCUUUGAGCACCACUGUUGAGUGACCUGGUUAGCAGCACAGAAGCAGUAUAAAUUGAGAUGUUCGAAUCUGAGAAGUCUGUGUGCUGCUCUCCUAGCUCUCUUCUGAACAAGCGAAGAUGGCCUAAAGAGAGUCUCUUGAGUAACAGCAAUUUAUCAACAACUUCAUUAAACCAUUACUAGUUUCAGGGUCUUUUAGCAAACAGGAUUGCAACCUGCAGCAGUUAAGAAAUGACAACACAUCAUAUUCACACAUCCUGAAGCAGGACCGAUAACCUCCAGGGAAGGGUCUGAACAGGCAGCAUCUGCUUCAGUCAGCUUAUUCUGCAUUCAUAGCUGCUAAAACCUCAUAAUGCAAAGCCUUGCAGAAAGGCACCAAGAAUUUAGCUCCAGAGCAGAAUUUUGGUGGAAAUCUUGUUCAGUUUUUCUAGGCGAGGAGUAGCAGAGGGUUUUGCUAACUUGCUGGCAGCUGAAGAGAGAAGUAUUUCGGAGAGAGUCAUUCUUCUAAAGAGGGAGUUUCAGGGUGUCUAGCUUGAGAGAUCUGGAACAAGUGCCCCCAGUUUGUUUUAUCAAGCUGAAUAUUCCCCAAAUUGAAAUGUUCCAAAUAAAAUAAAGGCAUCCUCAUCAUUUUGUGUGAACAUUUAAAGUAGCAGAGAGAACAAACAAGAUUAUUUUUUGUUGUUCAGACUCUGCAGGCAAAUGGUAAAAUACCACCCAACAGCAGAAGCAAUAAACUUUGAAACUGCAGAUAUAAGAGGGUAUUGUACUCUCAGCCUGCACAAAUCCAGAUAUUAAACCUGAGUUCUAUUACCCAGAAUUAUAGAACCAUUUAGGUUGGAAAAGACUUUUAAGAUCAUCAAGUCCAACCAUUACCUGUUUAGGUAAGAACCUAAGAAAAACAUCACAACUGGUUAGUCUACUGGGAGACCUAGAUUUCUGUCUAGCCAUGAUUUAGAGGGUUGGUUUUUUUCAUGAAUGUUACUCCAUGCUACAUUUGUCCAGAAGUCAAUUAAUUUGUUUUCAUCGUGUUCUUGAGAAUAGAACAACUUCUAGCAGCCGAGCUCAAUAAAUGCACCUCAACCAACGUGACUUAACAGUAUCAGCAAUACUUGGAGCAGUCGUAAAAGACAGGGUGAGAUGAAAAACUGGAGGAGGCAACUGAUAGGAAGGGCAUUAAAGACGGUUAGUCUCCUGUGCAGAACAGUAACAACAGCGAUAUAGUUCAGCAACUGCGGGUCACCUCCAUGGAUGGAGCUUGCUCUCUGAAUAACUCAUGUCUGUACCUCUUGAUUUUAUACGCUUAUGACAAGGUAAAAUGUAAACCCUUUCCCUGUGCUACUUGUAGCUGCUUUUCUGAAUCAGUAUGAAAAGCAGAGAAAAGUUUUCAGUUCUGUUCAGUCACUCAUUGAGAAGCUGACUGGGACAGCGCAUGCAAAGAACAUGCUUUCUCUCUUACAGGAUUUCCAGCAGGGCAGUCUUUGCAUCAAAGUCAGUUUGACUUCCUUAGACAACGCACUGAAUGACUUUCUCCUUGCUUAUUGAGGUCCUAAAGACUUUUAUAUGCCCCACUCAAGGAGCUGAAAUCUCAUUCUAAGAUUUAAGGCAGCCUUCUGACAAUAAGGACAGUGAAAUGAGCAUGGUAACAGGCUGGGCAGUCUCUGUCCUUGGAGGGGCUCAGAAUUUCACUGGACAAAGCCCUGAAGUCAUGACAAGUACAUCUGUACAGGCUGUCAUCACCUGGGGAUAGAAGGUUAGGAUUCAUGCUUAUAAAUGAAAAUCAACAGUCCCCCUUCCUCAGCCCUUGUAAAUUCUUAACAUUAAGGACAUUUUUACAUAUUGUAUGAUGCCAUACCAGCUACAAACUUCUAUGUGUGUUCUAGAUACUGCAACUUUUUUAUUUAAUUCCCUGGCAUAUCGAAUGCUCAAUAUAUUGAAAAUGAGUGACAGAAGCAGCAUGCAUUUUCUUUUGACACUCCAUCUGUGAGGUAGGAAGGAGAGGGAAUUUGGAGGAGCUAGCAUUGCCUCUUCUGUCAGUGGUAGGGAAGAGAUGUCACUAUUGCUUCACUCCUUGCUUGCUAUCAUUUUAGCCUAAGACAAAUCUUGGACUCAUCAUCUGGGUUCAUUUAACUAGUCUGUUAAUGCAAGUGGGUAGUUGUGCAAGAUAUGGGAGCACUCUGCCACGUGGCUGUACAGCAUAGUACUUGGGCUUGCAAUGGGGCAUAUGACCCAACAGGGCUGCUGCUUGCUAAGUCUCAAAUUACGUGGAACUUUCUCCUAUAUGACUUUAAAAUAUCUGUUGGAUGCAGGAGUUAAGAAUUUCUUUCCAAGUUCUUACCUUUCUAAGACACACUAUUUCUUCAGGUCAAGGAGGCACUGUCAGGUACUCAUUUUCCUCCCCACAGGGCAGCACCAUGAAGUUAAUAUGCGAGCUGAGACACAAGUUAGCUCCCGGGGCCUGAUCCAAGCCAGCAGAAAGGCCUGCAGAUAGUACCGAGCUGGUUCAGCUAGUGCUCAGCGUGCGGUGACAAGAAGAGCUGCUGUAGACAGAGACCUUGUGACUAUGCAGUCCCCAGAACCAGCUGACAUCAGCAGGAGCUGCAGUUGCAGGCUUACAUGAUGUACCUGGCCUCAGGUCUGCUAUUCCAUUGUGAAUAACUUGCAGAUUUCACACCAUUUCUCUUUGAGCUGAACACACCAAAUACUUCCAAAAAUCCCCCACCCCAAGGAUGAUGUAUAUUCUGUCUGUGCCUGCAGCAUCCAAAGUGUGUGCAGCAGCCAGAAACGUCCAACAGCAUGUGCCAGGCUGCAGGAAUUGAGUCCCCAGGAGCACAGUUAUGAGAGUGGGUCCAAGAACAGCAAGAUACAGACCUGCGCUGCGGCAUGUUCACAGCAGGGCUCAAGCCUGCUGUUAUAAACUGGGCAUCUGCACAGAUGCUGCUUUAGGGCUCUGGUCCGGAGGCCUGAAUUAAAUUCCCUGGCAGCAGGUCCAUGAACAAGAUUUUUUGAAGAAAAGCAGGGCUAAGUCUUAGGUCUAGCUUGUGGCUUCAUGUCUCGUAGCAGUGCUGCAAAAGCCAGCCAAAACCAGCAAGCUUCCAGCCCCUCUGUUCCCACUCCAGCUAGGUUAGUACACAAUCUAGCUGUAUCAAUUCCCCAGGACUCAAUCAAGAGACUAAGCAGUACUUAUGCCAGCCAGAAAGAAGGGGUGGCAGAGAUGAUCCCAGGACUAGGACCCAAGCAGCUGCUCAAGUUGUCCAGUGACAAAAAAAGAAAAACAGAAAAAGAAAAAAAAGAAAAAAGAAAAGGAGAAAGAAAAAAAAAAGAGAGGCAUACCAAGAUAUCCUAUUUACUUCAGGCAUGAAAGUAAUGUGGAUAUAUUCAUGUUUUCAGUUUUGCUACUACCGUCAGGCAUGACCUUAGAGGCCAACGAAAAUGAGCCCAAUACUAGAUCUCCUCCUCCAAAUGAAUUACAGAAGUGGUUUAAAGGAAAGAAGAGGUAACACUGAAGUAACAGACAGAACUAAAGCCAAGCACAAUUCAAUGGGUUUGGUUUGCCCUCUUGCAAUAUCCCACUCCUCCCUUAAAGCACCCUGCCCCUGCCCUGCAAACCUUGCCUCACUUAAUUUUUGGACACCACAGCUACCACAAACCCACAAUUUUGGCAUAUGAAUAAAUCAUCAUAUAGCCACAGGAGGCAUAGAACUGAAGUAGCAAGUAGAACUGCCUUCUCACUGGCUUCUGAGUCAGUCACUGGCUUUUAAUUCAGUUAAAAUAUCAAAGAUUCUGAUGAACCUGACUUCUGUGAGCUGUGAAGUCAGCAGUGACAUCAGCAAUACAAAAUAAAGAACUAAGGAGAAGAUUCAGGAGCUGCAAACAUCAUGGAGGAUGAUGCCAAGAUCUGUCCGUUAGCUCACACUGACCCAGAGGAUCAACCCACAGCGUUACACCGUGACAUGCAGGAAUACAAUAACAUCCUCAGCUUCAACCAGGAACCAGCCUGUUAACAUACAAAUAUCUAACGAAUGUAACACCUUGACAUAAGGCUUAAAAAAUCUUUUACUGGCAUUACUCAGAACAGAGAGGCACUUUUGCAGAUGCUCUGCAAACAAAUCCAUUCCUAAUGGAUUGGAAUGAAGAUGGACUUUUGUUGUUCCAUAUUUAGUGACACCCACCCUACAGCUAUGGCUUUGCUUGCCAUCUCUUUCCUUUCCCCACACUAGAGCCAGGGAUGAUUUAGAUCUCUGCAAUUCGAGAAAAGGUCUUUGCCUUGCACAUCCUGCCGGCUCACAGCUGGUGACUGCCAGCAGAAAUUUUAAGGUGCCACCAUGGUGCUUUGCUAUGUGAGCAAGAAGGUUCACUUGUAGGAAUGAUAAAUAACUGGCUGGUGUGUGAAUGUUCUUUUGGGAUUGGCACCCAAAGAGGCUGAAAAUAGGCACUGGAAGUAGGCCUAGAAGUAGGCACUAAAGGCAAAACAAUCACAUCAAGUAGGUAACAGGAAAACCUCACUAUCUGAUCUGAUUAGGUUUGUCAAACCUGAAGCAAACAAAGGGGCCAGCCUGGUUUUAAUCAGCAAGUCACUGCAGACAGUCAUUAGCGCUAUAUUGGCUAGGCGCUUCAGGCUCCACUGCAAACCCUAUGUGCCUAAACCAUAAAUAUUUGCAGCCCAAUGACACAAAAAUGCAAAUCAAGCUGUCUCCAAAAAAAGAUGGCAAGCUUUAGCAAAUGUUAUCCAUAGUUUUAGUCUUUUCCAUGCACUCACUACUAAGUGAAGCAGAGAAAGUCUGAAGAGGAUAUAUGGAGCUCAGAGCAAGGAGGACCAGAGAACACGGGGAAGAGAGGGGCAAUUGAAAAGACAGGAGGUAGGAGAAAGAAAACAAAGAAGGGAAAAGGAAAACACAGCACAUGAGAAUGAACUGAGAAUGUGAAGAUCCGAUAAGAUUAAUAGGAUAAAAAUACUGUUUUGUUAAGUGUCAUCCAUUCUGUGUAAGCCUUCUUUUCCAGAUAACCUGGGGCAAACUGCUGGCUUUCUACAGAGCUCAUGAAACUGCAGUAGGUGGUCCUUCUUUUUUUGGUUUGGUUUGUUUAGUGAAGGUCUGACAACUGUAUUAACUUCCUUUAAUAUGAUUGUGCUAGUCCCUUAACUAUUCAUAUACAAAAGAAUAAAGGUGCAGCCUGCACACCUCUUCUUCAGCCUGAGCCCCUCUUCUUCAGCGUCUUUUAUGGAAGCAAGUGUGGAGGAAAGCUCAUUGCCUUAGGAACUGGUCUGACCAUAGUUUGCAGUGUAUAAGCUUCAUUUGUAUAAACUGAUUUUUUUCCUUGCAAAUAUACUCAGGCCCAAGCAUAGCUACCAUCAGUACUGCAAAUGGGGGGGGAAAAAACAUAGCAACUGACAAAGCAUUGAACGUAUGAUCAACAGGUCAUUUGUAUUGGCCUUGAAACUUGCCAAGUUCAGUAAACCUUUAGGUACACAUUAAUGAAAAAUCUCUGCCAGGGGUCAAAAGGUAGUUCGCUUCAGGUGUCAGGUGGGCCCCACGACAUUUUCCUUUCUGUAAAAUAUAUAGAACAUCUUGUCACAAGCACAAACCUCGAUGGCCAGUUCUCAAAGCCCAGCUGGGAAGGAAGGAAGGAAGGAAGCAGAGAUCAACUGGGAAAACUGUGGAAACAGCAUGGACCUUGCGUCAUACAAGAUCAUGGACCCGCUGAGCUUGGAAGGGACCUCUGGAGACCACCAAGUUCAACCCCCAUUUCUCAAAGCAGGCUCAGCUUGCUCAGGGCUGUGUCUAGUUGUGUUUUGCAUAUCUCAAUUGAUGGACGCUCCACAGCCUUCCUGAGUGCCUCUUCCAGUGUCUGGCCAUUUUCACAGUGAGAAUUGUCUUACUUAAGUUUAAAUGGAAUUUUCCAGUAUUUCACCUUUUGUUCACUGGCCCUUGUCAUGUCACUGGGUACAGUGGAAGACCUUAGCUCUGUCUUCUUUAUUCUUUCCCAUCAGGUAUUUAUAUACAUUGAUAAGGUGCCCCUGAGCCUCGUCUUCUCCAGGCUAAACAGUCUGAGCAUUCUCAGCUACUUCUUGUAUGAAAGAUGCUCUAAACCAUUAAUAAUCUUCAUAGCCCUUCGCUGGACCUGCUUCAGUGUGUCCAUGUCUGCCUUGCACCAGUGAGCCUGGAACUAGACACAGCACUCCAGCUUAGUCUCGUCACAGAGCAGAAGGCAAGGACCACAUCCCAUGACCUGCCUAACGCAGCUCAGGGUGCUGUCUACCUUCUUUGCUGCAAGGCCAUGUUGCUGCCUCAUGGGCAACUUCAUGUGACACCCUGGGAUGCCUGAGGCCUUUUCUGCAAAGCUGCUCUCCAGCAGAUCAGUCACAGACAGCUCUGCAGACCCAGACCAGAAGAGCUGCACCCUCCUUUGGGUGCCGGGAAGGCUGCUGCACGUGGUACUGGAGAUUGUGUCCUGUAGCACACCAUGACAGUUGCUCAGCACAUGUACGCUGUCAUCAGCAGAACUUCCAGGGAAUCCAGAUGACUUCUUUUUUGACAUUUGUAUUGGGCUUAUGAGGCAAGGUUGCAGUAGCAGGGCCCAAAGGAGUGGUUUCUAUGAGAAGACAGCAAGAGCUGCUUCCUUGGUGAACAGAGCCAGCUCCAGCCAGCUCAAAGAAGGACCCACUGCUGGCCAAAGAUGAGCUCAUCGGCAAAAUUGGUGGUGCCUCUGUGAUAAUGUAUUUAAGAAAGGGUAAAAAUGCUGCACAGCAGCAGCUGUGAGAGAGGAGUGAGAAAACAUGAAACUGCCCUGCAGCCACCCAGGUCAAAGCAGAAGUAGGGGAGGAAUAGUCCAGGCACUGGAGUAGGAAUUCCCCUGCAGGCCCUGGAGAAGACCAUGGUGAAGCAGGUUGUCCCCUUGCAGCCAAUGGAGGACCGCAGGGGACCAGACAUCCAUCCUCAGCCUGUGAAGGAACACAGUGGAGUAGAUAUCCACACUUGGUGGACACCACACUGUAGCAGGUGGAUGCUACCUGAAGGAAGCUGCAGCCUGUGGAGAGAAGCAAAUGUGGGAUCAGGUUUGCUGGCAGCACUUGUGGCCCAGUGGAGAAUCCAUGCUGGAGCAGUUUGUUCCUGAAGCACUGCAGCCCAUGGAAAGGACCCAUGCUGGAGCUGUCCAUGAAGAACUGCAGCCUACGGGAAGAAGCCACACUGGAGCUGGUUGUGAUGGACUAUCUACUGUGGGAGGGACUUCAUGCUGGGUAGAGCGUGAGGAGGAAUGAACAGCAGAGAUGAGGCAUUAUGGACUGACCAAAACUGCUGUUACCCAUCCCUGAGGGAGUCUGAGUGCUGUUGAGCUUGGCAAGAAGGGUAGGAGGUGCUUUUACAUUAUUUCAUUACUUAGUUUCUGUUAUUAAUUACAGAAUUAUUAAUUAUUCUGUUAUUCUCACUCUGUCAUUAAUUGGCAAUAACUUAAUGUCCUGAAGCCAAGCCUGUUUUGCCCAUAUUGAUAACUGGUGAGUGAUCUUCACACCCACGGGACUGCAGGACUAUGAAGCACUGCAACCCCAAGCACCCACCUGCCCUCGCAGCGGCUACAGCACUGCCCCUAAUACAGAAAAUGCCAGCAAAUAAAGUAAGACUUGUUUUGGAGUUUUAUAAAGCAAGCAUCCUUUUUCAGGCCUGGGCAACAGGAGAGAGUGCUCUCCACCAGUUGUAUGCAACGAGACAAGACAGAAUAUAUUUCCCACUUCUAUGCAUAAGUUUCAAGAGAAAUCUUAUGCAUAUUCUAUUACUUUCCAAGGACUAAUUUUAAUAUUAUGAACUUCACAAGUCAAAACUCUUGCUAAUUGGGAGCUGGUUCCAGCCCUCUGCUUGACUUUGCCUUUGAACCAUAGAAUCACAGAAUCAUGGAACAGUUUGGGUUGGAAGGGACCUUAAAGAUCAUCCAGUUCCACAACCCCUGCCAAGGGCACGGACACCUCCUAAUAGACCAGGCUGCCCAAGGCCCCAUCCAACCUGGCCUUGAACACCUCCAGGGAUGGGGCAUCCACAGCUUCCCUGGGCAACCUGUGCCAGUGCCUCACCACCCUC